AGUGUCAAGUUCUCCCGACGGAUCUUCCUUCGGUCGCUUGUUUUUUCCUUCUCGGCUGCUGCUCUCGCUGAUCAAGCAGAAAAGAGUAACCAUGAAGCCAGUAUUUGGCAUUGUCUCGACGCUGUUACUUAUCGGUUCCAGCUGGGCUGCCCCGCAACAGCAAGAUGUUACAGCCAAAGACGGCAAGGACUUGAACGGCCUGAUCGCCGACGUGUUCGGCAACGGCAACAAAGCUGAGCAGCCGCGUCAGCAGGUCGCGUCGACGACCAGUCUCGACGACCUGAUCGGCUCUGUGUUCAAUCCUACCAAUAACCCCAACCCCUCCGUCACCGACAGCAAACUCGGCGGAGCCUCCGGUGCAGGCAACGGCGACUGCGAGUGCGUGCCUUACUACCAGUGCCAGAACGGCACCAUCCUCGACAACGGUGUCGGCCUCAUCGACAUCAGGUUGCAGGGACCGUGCGACAACUACCUCGACGUCUGCUGUGCUGCACCUGACGUGGUCCACGACAAGAUCACCCCCCGGCCGACUGAGCGCAAAGGCUGCGGUCAGCGCAACCCCGAGGGUGUAGGCUUCCGUAUCACCGGUGCCAAGGACAACGAGGCCCAAUUCGGCGAGUUCCCCUGGAUGGUCGCGAUCCUCAAGGAAGAGGCCGUCGGUGGAAAGCCCGAGAAACUCAACGUCUACCAGUGCGGUGGUGCCCUCAUCCACCCCAGGGUCGUUCUUACCGCUGGACACUGCGUCAACAAGAAAGCUCCGUCGAUCCUGAAGGUACGUGCCGGUGAAUGGGACACCCAGACCAAGAACGAGAUCUUCCCUCACCAGGACCGCCAGGUACAGCACGUUAUCGUUCACGAGAAAUUCCACUCCGGUGCUUUGUACAACGACUUCGGUUUGCUCAUCCUGUCCGAGCCAGUUGAGAUCAUCGACAACGUCGACAUCGUCUGUCUGCCCGAGGCCAACGAAGUAUUCGACUACUCGCGCUGCUUCGCCAGCGGAUGGGGCAAGGACAUCUUCGGCAAAGAAGGACACUACCAAGUCAUCCUGAAGCGCGUCGAACUGCCAGUAGUACCACACGACAGCUGCCAAAACUCCCUGAGGACAACCAGAUUAGGAAAGUACUUCCAGCUCGAUAAGAGCUUCAUCUGUGCUGGUGGAGAGCCCGGCAAGGACACCUGCAAGGGUGACGGUGGUAGCCCGCUCGUCUGCCCGGUCAAGAGCGACCCGAGGAGGUACAGCCAGGCUGGUAUCGUAGCCUGGGGUAUCGGCUGCGGCGAGAACCAGAUCCCCGGCGUCUACGCCAACGUCGCCAACGCCAGGCCAUGGAUCGACCAGCAGAUGGCCAAUUACGGACUCGACAGCCGCGAGUACCAGUACAGGCCCUAAACAAGCACGGAUCGAAUAAUAGACUACAUUUUUGUUCGCCCCUUCGGUAACGCCAGCUCGAAGAGGCUAUAAUUAUUUUGUUUGUACUUGUGUUAUGCGUAUGUUGUAAGACUCGUUCACUGGCUGGCGAUUGUUCGUCAGAGCCAUAGCCUAGACUUUUUAAUUUGCAAUUGUAUCAGCGACGACGCUUCUGGCUGUUGUCCUACUUUUAUUUUCCGUUUUUUCUGACUGCUCAAUACUCGCUUUUUAUCAAUAUCAUUGUGAAAAGUACUAUUAUGUAUGUGUUGUUUGCGUGAAACAAUUGAUGAAGUCCGUCUAUAAGGAUUUUCAUAAAUUUUUUAAUCUGCGUGGACAGUUACAGUUACUGUUCUGCAUGUAACUGAUGAUAAAACCCGUUUUUGUCGAAUAAAACUCACUCUUAUGAAUUAUA